GUAAAGCUCGUUCAUGCCACCUGGAUGAAAAUGUACUUGACUGCAAAUUCUAAUCCGUCCAGGUUACUUUCCGAUAGACAGAUCUGUUGAUCUAACCAUCAAGUUUUCGUGUGAGUUGUCUGCCAUGAAAACCACAUCGGAACGGUUAAGCGCAUCACUGAAACAGGCACAUAUUACAGGUGCACUACGGUUGCUCAUAUAGACGCGACCAAAGCUUCUAUGGCAGUGAAUGCACCGUAUCGACGAACAUAUCAAAAAGUGGUUACACAAACAAUUGGAAUCCUCGACAGCUGAGCCAAAUACUUUGCUUGCAAACCGAAUUUCGGCCUGUUCGCUGCCGCAAACAAGGUGGCCGCUCCGGGUACGCGCACUUCGGCACGACGGUCGAGCAACUCGCGUAAUCGCAUGAGCCAAGAAUCCCUGUUAUCCUACUGUUCCAACAUAAGUUCAAUUUCUCGUUCCUAUCGUGCUCAGUAUGGAUCUACUGCGCAGAGUAAGACGGCUUUUGUUGGCAAUCCUCGCCUUGCCUCUGCAUCCAAUAGUUCCAGUCAAAAUGAUCAUCUGUCCAACACGCAGGUUCUUCAGCGUCUGGUCCGUGAAAAGGAGGAGCAUAUCGGGCUGCUGCUGCAGGAAAGAGAUAUGGAACGAUCUGACUUGGCUAAAGCCACCUUGGAUCGCCAGUUGGCUGAAACGAUGGUAACCAAGCAGCAGGGACAGAUUGAACAUUUAAGCCAGCAGUUAAUGAAUGUGGAGGCAUCUCAUCGCAUUUUGGAAGAGGAACGGGACCAAUUAUUGUCGCGACUUCUCGAUAAGAAGAAAGCUUUGGAGGACUUGCAAUUCCGCAUGGAAGAAGAAAAGAUAACCAAAAGCACUCUGGAAUGCAUGAACGCGGAAGAUGAGUCAAAGAUAUUUGAAUUAGAAGAAGCACUGAUUAGUGCACGUGAAAUCAACGAACGCACUGAAGCUGAACUGCAUCGGUUGCGAGCCGAGCUUGCCACUGCUUUAUCUCGGCAUGCACAGGAAGAUUUGAUUCCAGAUCCCUCUGAGACAACAGUUCAGACAUCACCUCACGAAGAGAAAAUCGAAGAUCCUUUGAAUUUCACUCCGCCCAAGACAAAGGAUGCCAAAGUCGGAUCGUCACGAAAACCUUCCUUGAACCAAGACAAUUUGGUUUCUCAUUUUUCCGUGGCUCCCCAUACUGUCGCAGACCCAACGUUGCAAACGGAGCUGGAACGUCUUCGUCGGGAGCUAAGCGUCUGGGAACGUAUUGCUGAAUUUGCUGUCAGACGUCAAGCUGAUACACUAGACAUUACGAAAGCUGAUUACGAACAACAGUUGUCAGAUUUACAGGUUCAGCUACUUUCUGCAUCGCAGGAUUUACUUGAAUCACAAAAGCGUUCCUCUCUGCAGUCGGAAGCAGGAGUUUCCGAUGCAGGUAAUCAAGGCGAAUUAGAUGCGCUGAAAGCAAAUUUUGCAGAGGAAAGAAACAGAUCAUCUGAACAGAUUGCAGCGUAUCAAAAAUACAUCGCUGAGCUUAGUACUGAGUUGGCCAGGCUUAACACAAUGUCCUCCGAUACCGCAUCGGACCAAACGUCGGGAUUACGGAAGCUUGAGGAACAGUUGAAGUUAGCGGACCAGCAACUGACCAAGCUGAGGAAUACGACACUCGUCUCCGCUGAAUCCUUCUUGAACGAUCAAAAGAACCAGGUUGCUGCGUUGGAAGGCUCCGAGUCGAUUCCUGUCUCUCCUCCUUCUCAGCUGAAGGAGCAAGAUGCAAUUUUACAGCUUCAGAUGAAUCAGCUAGAGGUUAUUUGUAGCGGUUCGGAUUGGAACACUACCAGUAAGCUCGAGUCGGAUACCAAGCAAGCUGAAAUGGAGGCCAUUGUUGACGGUUUACGGACCGAACUUCUACUAGCCACUCGUAAACAGGACGAGUUGGCUUCUUCGUUGGAGAUCGCACGUGCAUCGAAGGAUCAGCUAGUUGCAGAGUUGUUUACCUUACUGGAUGAACCAUUUUCUACAGUGACUCCAUCUAUCGAUACUUUGAUUACAGGAAUUCGAAUGCGCAUUCAAAAUUUGUCCACAAUUGCAUCUGAAGCCGAAGUUAGCCGCCAAGUUUUGAAUUCCCGCAUACUUGAACUGGAAGAGGAACGAGCGGAACUGAUUCGCGAAUUCACACUGCUUAAAUCGUCCGCAAGCGCAACUGAGACCGAAGAAAAUGACAGUGAACUUAAGAAGCAGUUGGAAGCAGCUCAGCUAAAAAUCACACACCUAGAAGCCAGCGCAAAUGCUGCAUUGGGAAAUCUGGAGACAAAGUCCUCAGAGCUUUGCACCUUACAGGAACAACUAGAAAAGACCCAAACUGAGUUUGCACAACUGCACCAGACACACAUGAAGGCACUCGCCAGUCUUGAAGCUGAAAAUGCUGAACUUUUGAGACAAAUUCAGCUUGCUGAGUCUUCUGGACAUACCACCAGUACUCCAGGUGACGGUCGAGGUACUUUGCCGUCUGAAGAACAUGAAGCACUAACUUCCCAAAUUGCCUUCCUUAACUCAAUCAUCGUGGAUCUGCACAAGAAGAAUGCUGAAUUAGAAGAACGUCUUCGUCAGACGCUAGUUGACGUUGAACACAACUCUGCGUAAGUGCUUAUUUUUGCUUUCGAACUUCAGCUCCUUGCUU